AUGGGAAAACAAUCAAAAAAAAAUCAAGUUCAAAAAUUUUUUGCAGGUCUUUUAGCAAGUUCAAAUGCCAAAAAGAAAACAAAAAACAGCAAAAAAAAAAGAUCUAACAAAAAACCUAAAGUAAAACCUCUGCCUAUGCCUAUCAAAAAAACUAAAGAAAAACUGACUCGUUCUGAAGAUACCAAGAUUUUGGAGAAUCAAGAUUUGAUUCUCAAAAAGACUGAUCAAUUAAUGACUAGAAUGGACCAAAUCGAAAAUCGCUUAAGAGCAUUAACGA